AAAUAUCAAGCAUCCAAUAACUAUCUUUCCUGAAUCCUGUGGCCGUUACUUAUGUGAAGGAUUCCCACGCCGUCUUACAGCGGGGCUAGGCUCCUACCACAACAUCUCUCAUGAUUGAGGCUGAUAAAAGCCCAGUCAACUUAUAACCACCACACCCAACCCAGUUACUACCAUAUAUCACAUCCAGCACCGUUACUUUAUCACAUCUAGCCUAGUCACCCAUAAUCACCACAUCCAACACAGUCACUCCAAAAGACAAGAUGGGUUCUCAUCAAACACCACCAUCCCUCACGCCCUCAGGCUUAAAACAACCAUCCCUCGCCUCCCUCCGCUUCAACGGCUCCUCCUACCCCCUCGUCCCCACCAGCGUCCGUCCCCGCUGCGGCAUCGAACCCCGCGCCGCCUACCUCGCCACCCCUGAAACGUCCCCCGCCCCCAUAAUCAGCGCGUCCUCCUUCGUCCCCCACUCCCUAAUCACGCACCUCAUGCGCCGCAAAAACGACAGCGCGCUGGCCAUCAAGUUCGCUCCCAGCCGGAAGGGUGUAAUCACUAAUAUGGAGGGGGUGCUGCAUACCUUCGUCACGCCCCUCGUUGGCGCGCUCAUGCAUGGGGAUUAUCGUUACACGGGCGGCCAUUACGUGGAGGGUUUCCCGCUGCUGGAUGGUAGGUUGCAGGCGAGGAGGGUGGUGGUUAGUGCGGCGGUGCAGAUGGAUUUUGAGUUUAACAGCGUGAUGAUGGAGGCGUGUCGGGUGGAGGUUAGGGAGGUAGUGGGGAGGGAGUUGGGACCCGAUUGGAGGAUUUCAGGGGAUCAGGAGAAGUGGGAGGGGAGGGGGAUGGAGGAGUACGAGGAUGGGUUGAAGAGUCAUUUGGUUGCGCAUCUGGUGGGUUCGCAGAGGCUGCCGCCUUUGAAGGCGGUGGUAGAGAAUGCACUCAGUGACGCGGCGACACUGAAUUUCCUCGAACGCCAUAUUCGAGACGGUUAUUCGUCGCCUGUGGAUUUCCAGAAUGUAUUUUCGGCACUUGGGGCAUCGAACAAGGUCGUCGUGUCGCUAGAGUUCCUCUAUAAUACGGCUGUGCACCAGCUCCGAAAUGAGUUAUCCGCCUUGGAAGUCGCCUGCCCCCAGGGGUACAUAUACACCUCUGACCCGCCAUCUAUCUUUGUUCAGGCCAUUGGGGGGGCCAAGAUUGCCAAUCGCCUCCAGUUCGCCGCGCUCAAGCACCUGGCAUCCGCGAGCAAGCCUGCGAGGUUUUCUCAGUCUGUCAAGUUUGCUAAUAUGAAAGCCUUUGCGUUCAACGACUACUCUGAUGAUGGCGCGAUAGAGCUGCUGAGGGAGGCACUGGAGGUUCAGCGACACGUUAUUGUGUUGCCGAAGGCGAAGCUGUUCAGGGGGCCAAACGGUCGGUAUGAGCCUGGGGAGGGACUUGAGGAGGGGUUGCUAGUGGUACACAACAACAGUGAUGCCUUUGGGCAGAACAUCGAGACGGAGUCUGCAAUGGGGAGCUUGGAUGGGGCGAUUGGAGCGUCGACUAGCACGGCUGCGUCGUUGUUGAGGCACCGAAAGAACCUGCUGGACUGGAUUUGGUGAGACCGACAGUGUUACUUUAGUUUUUUAUAGAUUUUUCAUCGAGGGUCGUUGGGGAUUUGUUUUUAAGGUUGUGGUUUGUGGUGGCAGCAUCUAUCACUUGAUGCGUGCGGUUGAGACACGAGGAGGUGGUCUGGCCAAUGGAGGACCCUCGUUGACAUUUGGCUGGGCUUAGGGACUAGUUACUGUGCUUUUGCAUUCUCAUCACAGAGUCAUUUAAGUUGUGUUUAUUCGGUGAUGGAACUACCUCAUUCAUUUAGCAUGUAUAUCGUUUGAACAGGUUCCAUUUAUUUGUGUAGAGUGUUUGUAGGUAGGAUCGUAGGAUGGCGUGGCUGGUACGUAAGUUAGAUUCGUAGAUUCCUCCUACUGUACUCCGCACUAUCGAAUUCACCCCAUUCGUACGUAAGUUAUGUCUAACUUAUGUACAAAUUAUCACCAAAACUCCAAACCAAACUCCGACCUCUCGUACCUGUAUUACUGUUGC